GCGUCUCCUGGGGCAACAGCAAUGGCGGCGGCGCUGUCCGAGCGGCUCUUCUCCCUGGAGGUGGUUGUAGACUGGGUGCGCCUGGAAACUCGGUUGCUGCCGCCGUCCGCCGUUGCGGUGGAGCAGGAGGAGGCCUCGCCGCCGCGCUCCCUGUGCCCCGCCGUGGCUUUCCGCCUGCUGGACUUCCCCACGCUGCUGGUUUACCCGCCUGACGGCCCUGCAGCGCCCGCCCCGGAACCCCGGCCCGGCGUGAUCAGCUUCGGUCGCGGCAAGUCCUGUCUCUUCCGUCUGCACCCUGCCACCCUGCACCGCCUGCUCCUUAGGACCCCGCUUUACACCUUGCUGCUGCAGCUGCCCCCCGGGCGCCCGACGCCCGCCCCACAGCUCCUGGGUUCCUGCAACAUCUCGCUGGCCGCCACUGUCCAGAAGGUCUUGGGACCGGCCGCCUGCAGGUGCUCCCAGGGUCACCGGGGAAGGUUCUCCCUGCAUAACCGAGUGGGGAAGCAAAUUGGGGACAUUGCGCUGGCCUACCGCCUGACUGACCUGGGAAGCCGCUUGCUGGGCCAUCUUGAGCGGCCCGUCACCUUCACCUCCAUAGGAUGCGGAGUGGAGCACGAAGAGGUGCAGGAGGCAGUGGAGGUCAGUUCCCAAACCCCGCAGGAGAAACAGCAGCUACAGCAGCCAGCCUCAGAGCCAAGCCCAAGAGACACCGAUAGGCCUCCUGGGGGGUUAGAAAUCCCAAAGGCACAGAAGGAUUUGAAGGAAAUAGUUUUCCACACUAAGGCCAACUCUGAUAACGCCAGUUCUGUGGAGAAUGGCAAAACCAACUCUGUUGUCACUUGUCCAAAUGCUUGCCGUGGGAGGAGUAUUAUUCCCCUAAAUGAGGAAGUUACAGAGUUGGACAUUGAAACCAACACAUUUUGCCCUCCUCCUCUGUAUUACACUCACUUGACCCAAGAAAAACUGCCUUCUGCACAGGUUAAAAUCACCAUUGAGCCUCAAGUGAAUGUACUCGGGGAAUUGGAUGGUGCUUUUCCAGAAAACAAACAUAUGAAUUCCCCAACAUACAGAAGCUCUCCAAAACAUACAAAUUCUGCAACAGAUGAAGGUCCUCCAAUGCUUGUAAAUCCUCCACAUAUUCAAGAUAUAGGAGCAGUUAAUCAAACUACAUGUCAUACUCAAACUGAACAAAAUAGAAUUAAUACAAUAAGGCAGCUGCCUUUAUUAAAUGCUUUGUUAGUUGAGUUGUCCUUGUUAUACGACCAACCCGUGGCAAGUCCUACUCACAUACAUCCUCACUUAGCCUGGUUAUAUAGAACUGAGGAAAAGAAGGCAUCAGAGUCUUCUGCCAAAUCCACAUGUCAGUCUGAAUCUAAAGAGGGUAAGCUUUCAGUUGGGGAAUGUGAAAAGUCAGUUAGUCUUCAGCCUAAAAAGAACCAAGUUGAAAACCCUAAGAAAAGUAAAUAUUUUGAAAAGAACAGUGGUACCUCCCAAAAAAGAGUUCCAAGGGGGAAGCUGCUUUAUGGCUUAACAAAUACGCUAAGAUUACGUUUAAAGCAAACAAAUCCUGAUAUGUUGGUAGUACAUGAAAAGAGAGAACAGUAUAGAAAAAUGCAAGCACAAAUGUUGGGUACAAAAUUCAGAAUUCCAUCAUCCAAAGUUAAAAUAUUAAGCUUUGCAGAGCAAAAUCAGAAAUCACAUCAACUACCUAAAGAUAAGCAUUUAGAUUCAGAUACAUCUUUUGCUGAAAAUAGUGGUACCUCAAGGCAAAUUAGUGGAGUUUUUGAUGAGCCUAGCACAACUAAAGAAAUUAAACUGAAAUGUGCAACUGAAAAAAAGAGAGUUGAUUGUGGUAAAAAUAGAACCAAUAAUGGUUCAUUGGAAGAAAUUGUGAGUCCUGCAAAUUCCAUUAUUCCAGAAAGGUUUACACAUGCAAAUAUUUUGGGAGGAAAAGUGGAAGUCCAAAGUCCAUGUGUUUUCACACAGGAUGCUAUUGAUAGAGUUGUAGCAGAUAAAGAAAUAAAUAGUAGGCAGGACAAAACUACAGAUAAUGACAUUCUAACUGCUGAUGUGAAUGAAAAUAGACCAAGUGGAAAUAGUUGCUAUGAAAACAUCUCAGAACUAAAGUAUUCAGAUGACUUCACCAGCUCUUGCUAUUCUGAAGAUUUCUAUACCACGGAGGAUACCAGCAGAAGUUUACAAGCUCAUGAUAGCAAUCCAGGGGCAGAAAAUCCAAAACAUAGUCAAUAUACAAGUCAGUCUAGUGAAACAAAAUUGUCUGUAAGGAAAAAUAGCAGUGAAAAGAGUUCUAUUCUUAGCCCACCUUUUUCAGCUGGAUCACCAGUACACUCAUAUAGGAGAUCUCGUAUUUCAAAGACUCAGGAUAAAAGUUUGGAGGAAGCAUCUAGUAUCUCUACCAGUGAUUUAUCUUCAUCACAUUGGACUGAAGAAAAAGAAAACCAGAUAGACCAAAAUGGUAUGCAUGUUUCUAAAGUUAUAAAGAGAGAUCAAGACAUCUCUUUUAAACUUAAAACAAGAACUGGUUGCAAAUCUGUAGAAAAAAGCCAGUCACCGCAGACAUCUCAAGUGAGUUCUUACCUGCCUUCUAAUUUGUCAGAACUAGAACUUAAUGUCCUGAAUAGCAGUACAUCAGAUCACUUUGAAGAAGAUAGUGAUGAUGUUGGUUCACUAAAUAUUUCCAAGCAAUGUAAAGAUAUUUGUGAAUUAGUAAUAAAUAAACUUCCAGGAUAUACGAUGUAA